AUGCCCUCAUCGAAAGUAACAAAACCUUCGAUUAGAGCAUCCAAGGUUGAUAUCGAUGCUCUCAAGAAAAAACUAGGUACCAAAGAAAAUAAGGAAAACAGUGAGAUCAAUGAUAAGAAGAUCAAUGAUAAGAAGACCAACGAGAAGAAGACCAACGACACAAAGGCCAAGUCUUUCAAGGAAUUUAAUUUGAAAGAGGACAUUGAAGAAGCUUUAAAUUCUCUCAAAUUCUCGAUGCCUACACCUAUCCAGGAGCAAUCGUUACCGUACUCAUUAAAAGGAAGAGAUAUUAUAGGUAUUGCACAGACAGGAUCAGGUAAGACUGCUGCAUACGUGAUUCCUAUAUUACAGGCACUAUGGGAUGCACAGACACCAUAUUUUGCUCUGGUUUUGGCACCAACGAGGGAGUUGGCAUACCAAAUUAGAGAGACAUUUGAUGCGUUGGGUGCUAAUAUGGGACUAAGAUGUGCGACUAUUGUGGGAGGUAUGGAUAUGAUGGAUCAAGCCAAAGAGCUUAUGAGGAAACCUCAUGUCAUUGUUGCCACUCCAGGACGUUUGAUGGAUCAUUUAGAAAAUACAAAGGGAUUUUCUUUGAGAGCCAUGAAAUACUUUGUGAUGGAUGAAGCUGAUAGAUUGUUGGAAAUGGAGUUCGGUCCAGUUGUCGACAAGAUUCUUCAAGUUCUUCCACGAGAACGGAAGACAUAUCUUUUCUCUGCCACGUUAACGUCGCAGGUGGAUAAAUUACAGAGAGCCUCUUUGAUUAAUCCUGCAAAGAUCGAGGUCAACGGUAAAUACUCUACUGUUGAUACCUUGAUCCAGUCGAUGAUGGUUGUUCCGGACGGAUAUAAGAAUACCUUUUUGAUGUACAUCUUGAACGAGUAUAUGGGGAAAUCCGUCAUAAUAUUCACAAGAACGUGUGCACAUGCUCAACAUGUUGCAUUGAUGACAAGAAUCUUGGGAUUCCCAGCAAUUCCUCUUCACGGACAGUUAUCACAAGCUCAGAGACUUGGUGCGCUUAAUAAAUUCAGAUCCGGCGAUAAGAGUAUAUUGGUGGCUACCGAUGUUGCAGCCAGAGGUUUGGAUAUUCCAUGUGUCGAUCUUAUUCUCAACUAUGAUAUUCCAACAGACUCUAAGGCAUACAUACAUCGUGUAGGAAGAACCGCACGUGCCGGUAGAACGGGUAAAUCCGUUUCGCUAGUGACACAGUAUGACUUGGAGAUGAUUUUGAGGAUAGAAAAGGUCAUUGGCAUGAAACUCCCUAAGGAGACUCCUGAAAAGAACGAUAUCUUGGCCUUACACAACUCUGUGGAUAGGGCGGCUGCCGAGGCCAUCAACAAGGUGAAGCAGUUCCACGCACAUCGGAGAAUACAUACUCAUCAUACUUAA